GCGGCGGCGGCGGUCGAGGCAGCCAGGCGAGCCCCGCGCGGGAGCCGGCGUCGUCGGGGCGAGCGGAGCGGCGCGGCGCGGCGCGGAGCGAUGCGCGGCCGGGCGGGCCGGGCGCCGGCGUGGCGAUGAGGCGGCUGGCGGGGCCGGCGGCGGCAGCGCCUCCCUCCUGGCGGGCGCUGCGGGCGCUGGUGCUGCUGCUGGCGGCGGCGGCGGCGGGGCUGGCGCGGGCCACGGAGCCGGCCUUCGUGGAGGUGGUGCUCUUCGAGUCCAGCCCCGGCGGCGACUACACCACCUACACCACCGGCCUGCAGGGCCGCUUCUCCCGCGCCGGCGCCACGCUCAGCGCCGAGGGCGAGAUCGUCCAGAUGCAUCCAUUGGGGCUCUGCAAUAGCAACGAUGAAGAGGACUUGUAUGAAUAUGGCUGGGUUGGAGUAGUGAAACUGGAGCAGCCAGAGCUGGAGCCCAAGCCCUGCCUCACUGUUCUGGGCAAGGCCAAGCGGGCAGUGCAGAGAGGGGCCACUGCUGUCAUAUUUGAUGUCUCUGAAAAUCCAGAUGCCAUUGAUCAGUUGAACCAGGGCUUGGAAGACCCUCUGAAGAGGCCAGUCGUGUACGUGAAGGGGGCCGAUGCCAUCAAGCUGAUGAACAUUGUUAACAAACAGAAGGUUGCCCGGGCCAGGAUUCAACACCGGCCUCCACCGCAACCUACGGAGUACUUCGACAUGGGGAUCUUCUUGGCCUUUUUUGUGGUGGUGUCACUUGUGUGCCUUUUCCUCCUUGUCAAGAUCAAACUGAAGCAGCGCCGCAGCCAGAGUUCCAUGAAUAGGCUUGCUGUGCAGGCACUCGAAAAGAUGGAGACUCGGAAGUUCAAAUCCAAGCUAAAAGGGCGCUCUGAAGGCAGCUGUGGUGCUUUGGAUACACUCAGCAGUAGUUCAACCUCUGACUGUGCCAUUUGCCUGGAGAAAUACGUUGAUGGGGAGGAGCUGCGUGUGAUUCCCUGCACUCACCGUUUCCACAGGAAGUGUGUGGACCCGUGGCUUCUGCAGCAUCACACAUGCCCACAUUGUCGUCACAACAUCAUAGAGCAAAAGAAAGGAGCCCCAGGACAGAUGUGUGAAGAAAUCGCUAACCAGAUCCGUAGCCGGCAGCAACAGCGGCCUGUGAUUCUUCCGGUUCAUUAUCCUGGCCGAAUUCACAGAGCCAACCAGGUCACUGCAUACCCAACCAGAACUAGUAUGGAUCACCAUGGGAACCCCAUCACAGUCCUGACAGUGGACCGGCAUGGGGAGGCGCCUGCCUUCAUCCAAAGCUACCAGCCUGUCCACUUGGAUCGCACUUUGGGUGGCCAUCCAUGUGGAGUGGAACACAGGGGCUGCCCGGCUGCACAUCCCUUCCGGAGGCCCAAGCUAAAUGGUCAUCAGUUUUCCAAACCAGCUUGUUUUUCUCAGUACGAAACCGUAUUUCAGCACUACUAUUUCCAAGGCCUGAGCUACCCAGAGCAGAACGGACAGCUUCCCCUGGGCAUUGCUGCCCAGGGCCCCACCCGUGCCUUCCAGCCUGUAGGCAGCAGGCUGUUCCCUCCAGUGGUCCAUGUGGCUCCCUCGUCCCACUUGGAGAGCAACAGCACUUCCAGCUUCAGCUGUUACCAUGGCCACCGCUCAGUAUGCAGUGGCUACCUGGCCGAUUGCCCGGGCAGUGACAGCAGCAGCAGCAGCAGCAGUUCAGCCCAGUGCCGCUGCUCCUCCAGUGACUCCAUGGUGGACUGCACAGAGGUCAGCAACCAGGGGGUCUAUGGCAGCUGCUCCACCUUUCGUAGCUCUCUGAGCAGCGACUACGAUCCAUACAUCUACCGCAGCAAAAGCCCCUGUCGGGGUAGUGAAGGGGGUGGGGUGAACAGAGGGACAGUUGUCCUUGUCGAAGGCCUCCACUCUUCUGGCCUGGCUGGAGGUGAGUGCCUCCCUGUGUCGACAGUCUCUGCAGGGGACCAGCUUUCGGACUGCAGCUUAGAGAUGAAUUACAGCAGUAGCUCCUCGCUGGAGCACAGAGAAGCUUCCUGCCUGGCCUCUGAAGGCGCCCUCAAAGUUCUUUCUGGGGACACUAGCCGGGGCUGCCAAGGGUCUCAGGAGCAAGGUUGUGCCUGCCCCUUGGAGGCUCCAUAUGCUCCCCAGGAGCCCACGGGCAAGGUGGUGGAAUGCAACACACUUCUCCUUGGGCCACCAUUUUGGACAGGAUGUGCCCCUGGGCAAGAGCCUCCAGCAGGGAGAAGCCAGGGAUUGUACAGUAUUAGGACAGAAGGGGGGGAAUGUGAGGCCUUACCUUGCUGCUUCUGUGAAGAGAAGCAAGUGACCAGCAGCAGCCCCAACCAAGCUGCCCGCUAUGUGGAGGACUAUUCUGUGAAUGUGCAGUAUGUGUAUGCCGAGGACUCCUUGCCGAGCUGCUACACAGGGGUGUGUGACCUGGGCCAGCAGAUCACCAUCAUUCCGGAGGACAGAGACUGUGAGCUGGCUGUUCCCGUGGAGUGCCAAGGAGACAGCAGCCCAUGGGAUGAGUCGUGUGAAAUGGACCCCUGCGGGCUUCAGCCAGUUCCAGGGGAGGUGCACCGGAAGCAGGAACAGGAGUUGUGCUUCCAGUCUAGAGACUACCUGCCGGAAGAUGCCAAGGGGCUCUUUGCUAGCCCUGCCCUGAGCUGCUCUGAGGGAACAGUGUUGGCAGGAGGCACCCAGAUAUCAGGUUGCUCUUCCAUAGGGAGAUGUCUAGCUGGGGACUAACAUGAAGAGGAACCUGUGUGGAGGACUCUACAUUCGUGCUGGACUUCCAAACUGUUUUUAGCUUCGGCUAACUCAUGGGAGUUGUCACUGGAGAAGGUUGUGUGCCCUCUCCGCAGUGGGCGGUGGGGUGUUGGGCAGGAGCUUGCCCAGGGCAGACUUGGUGCCAUAUAGCUGUUGGACACAUGUUCUUAGAGACCACUGCUCCACCCAUGGUUGCGGGACAGGACCCCUUCCAUCUAGCAUAACUAAGCUGAGCUGUGUCCCAAGAUCACCCACCUGUUCAAGGAGGGAGGGUGCCCUGGACUGCCUUAGAAAACAAAGAGCACUUUGAAGCAGAAUUUGUCCAAAGGGUACGAGUUCACUGAGACCUUAGUGUCUGCCCUUCUCUUGGUAAACCCAGCCCCAGUGAUGGGGGCUGGGAAAUAGCUGCUUCUCUAAACCCUUCUUGGAGGGUUCCACCUGUUUCCAGUGGAAGAAGAACUCAGAUUCCUCCCCCCUAGGCCAGGGCUCAGGUCACUGUAUGCAGCUCGUUUAAAGGCAAGGGCCUGCUUCUGUGACAGUAAUUCCAGAGUUUCCAUUGAAAGAUGAGCGCGGUGCUUCUGGCUUGUUUGGAAAAAGAUGGGAUGGGAAGCGUGCCUGAUGCCUCCUGUCCACGUGUUCGGAGGGACCUAGGCCUACUGCCUUUUGUCUACUGCUAGAACAGUUGUUGCAGCUCGCUCCAAGGACCUUUGCCCUGUGCCUGCUGGUCUGCAUUUGUGCCCUGGGGAAGGAGGCCCCUCCCCGCUUUGGCUCACUGUUCAUGCCUGCUAUCACUUCCCAACUGCUAAUCGUUUCCUGUGGAAACAAUGGCUUCUGAUAAGCACCGGCCAUUCCCCCUGAUUCCAGGUGGCACCUGUUCUGAGUGGCCAGGGCUUUGAGAAAUGGCGCUGCCUGAUGUAUGUGGUUGCACCCGCACAGGCAGUGUUUCUGUACUUCCCUCUGUGUGUAAUCAGCACUUUUCAAGUCUGGCAAACUACACAUCACGGGAAGGUUGUGUUUUAAAUGGAAUGUGCCUAUAACCCCUCCCCCUCCCCCAAUAUUAAUGUAGUAGGUUUGUGGCAUUGUGAUGCAUUACUGGGUGAGGUAUGAGCAAAGGGGUCUGUAGAACUUGAAAGCUUGCACAGUGUUUUGCAUCAUUUGGAUGGGCCUCAGUAAAAGGUAUUACAUGAUUUGGUUUCUUCUGAAUUCUGUUUGGCCUAAUACAACUGUUUACAAUUUUUUACUUCAUUUUGUGCCCGGCUAAUGGGGAAAAUGGAGAGCUCCAGUGAUUAAACUUAAAGGAAGCCACUAUUGUAAACCCUCUCUGCAUUAACUUAAUUACACUUAGAGAAGGUCAGGUUCCCAAGAUGCAGACCUGUUCGCCUCUGUUCUAUGCAAGAGGGGCACAGGUGGGGCAGGGCAGAAUGGAAACACUCUGUGUCGUUUUAUGCACGUGCUUUCCCUGCAGAGAAGUCACUCCAAGAACGAAGGUCUCCAUACCACGGUUAGCUCCUUGAAAGAGGGCUGGUGAGCCCAGGUGGGGACCUGUUCAGCGUGGUCCCUUGUAAGAGAGUGGAAUCGGCUGCCUGGGAGAUUUGGGAGCGCCUUGGGCUUGGACAGGGCAACGUCAGGAAGUGUGUGUUUUCCUUCCUCUUCUCUCCCUGCUCCCCCAGAAUGACCUUCUUGCUCUGUUAUCUCAUUGCCUUGAUACGUCUGAUGCUUCUGUGUCUCCUUCAGGGCAAAGGUGCCUGUAAUGGACAGUACCGUAGAUUAGAUGUUUUUAAUCCCAAAGGCCUUUCUCUUACUUAGAGUAACAAUUGCCAUUUUGUUGGGCUCAUGAGGCACUAUUUUAAACACAUUUUUGAUAAAAAUGAAACUAUUCUGUAGCACUUAAACAGUUUUGUAUAAAGUUUACUUGUAAAAACUUGUAAUAUGGCUAAAGGGCUCUUUCUCCAUUACCCUUUUUAAUGUUUCUAAGGCUAGAAAACAAUUUGAUGUAUAUUCUGUAUAUGUAUAGCAGCACAUUUCAUUUAUGGAAAGAUGUUCUCAGAAUAUUUAUUUACUAAUAUAUUUAUCUUAAGACAUGUCCUAUGUUGACUGUGUGAUAUUGUCUAAAUAAUAAUUGAAAAUCACUAACAGGAGACCCUGUAAAUACACAGUAAUUGCACACAAAGAUUUUACAAUGUUUGCCGACCAAAAAGUAAUUUUUAAAAUAAGUUGUAGCUCUCUACAGUUUUGUAACAAAAGUGUACAAUUGUC